UAGUUCAUGGUUAUACUGUAACACAAUAUUGCUCUGACAUAAAUGUUCGCGCGUGUUCUGAAUGUACGCGCGGUCAUUCCGCCUCGCUGAAUUCUAGCUGUACAAUGACGUUGAACUUGAUCAUUGCAUAAAGCUUGCAUGCUACACUCGACGUUGGCAAUACAGACAGACAGGCGGCCUGUUCAUACUGCAUACGACUAGUGGAAAACCCGCUAAUACGCGCCCUACAUAGAUGCAUUGCAAGAUGAUCCGAGAGAUACUUAUAGCCUCCUUGAUGGUAAUCAUCCACGGGAUGGAAGGCGCUGUCGAUGUCUGUCUUUCAUACGGGAUUUGUAAUUGCAGUCAUCCUCCACCCGUAUUCAGAGUUCUAAACCCAUCAUUUUUUAAAGAAAUCAUCUGUGAAGACCCAGGAGUCCCAAUGAAUGGCUACAAGGCAAACGCGAAGCUGGUAUACCAUCUGAAUGACGCGGUCUACUUUCACUGCAACGACGGGUACACAAUGAAUGGAAGUAUACUCAACUUUUGCACUCAGUCUGGAGAGUGGGCUCACCCUGUGCCCGUAUGUGGUGGACCGACAUGCUCAAAAUAG